GGUGUUUCUCCAUCUGUCCCAGCCAUGAAGCUGCAGAGUAGACUAUAGACCCGCUCUUGGCCUAGAGAGCAGCUGAACUCCCUCACACACUAAGGUUGCUAUGGUGAAUGCGGGGCGCGUGGAUGAGGAGGAGGAGCUGCAGUGAGGUGGAACACCGCGGUAACCACGGUACCGUCUAGCGCCCACCCGCCCACCCACCAUGCCCUCGUCCACGCAGAAGGGAGUGCCGAAGGACCCCGAACAGGCCGACCUCUUCUUCAAAGAUGACCCAGAGGAAGUCUUCUGUGACCUCCACGAGAUCGGCCAUGGCAGCUUCGGGGCCGUCUACUUUGCCAGAAACUCCUACUCCAAAGAGGUGGUGGCCAUCAAGAAGAUGUCCUACAAUGGCAAACAGACCACCGAGAAAUGGCAGGACAUCAUCAAGGAGGUCAAGUUUUUGGAGCAGCUGCGCCACCCAAACACCAUUGAGUAUAAAGGCUGCUACUUGAAAGAUAACACUGCCUGGCUGGUGAUGGAGUACUGCCUAGGCUCCGCAUCAGAUUUACUAGAGGUUCAUAAGAAACCGCUCCAAGAGGUUGAAAUUGCUGCCAUAACCCAUGGUGCCUUGCAGGGACUGGCUUACCUACAUUCCCGUAAUAUGAUUCACAGAGAUGUAAAAGCUGGAAACAUCCUGCUAACAGAGCCUGGCCUGGUCAAACUGGCAGACUUCGGCUCUGCCUCUAUAGCUUCUCCUGCCAACUCCUUCGUAGGAACACCUUACUGGAUGGCCCCGGAAGUGAUCCUAGCCAUGGAUGAGGGUCAGUACGAAGGGAAGAUAGACAUCUGGUCCCUGGGAAUCACCUGCAUAGAACUGGCGGAACGGAAACCUCCGCUGUUCAACAUGAACGCUAUGAGUGCCUUAUAUCACAUUGCCCAGAACGACUCUCCCACGCUGCAGUCCAACGAGUGGUCGGACCCCUUCCGGAGCUUCGUUGACUGCUGCCUCCUCAAAAUUCCUCAGGACAGACCCUCGUCUGGGGAGCUGCUGAGACAUGACUUUGUACGUCUGGAGCGCCCCCCGCGGGUCCUCAUGGAUUUGAUCCAGAGGACCAAGGACGCGGUGAGGGAGCUGGACAACCUGCAGUACCGUAAGAUGAAGAAGAUCCUAUAUCAGGAAAAACACAUGGGGGAGAGCCAGGAGGAGGAGGAGGACUCUGCCCGAGGAAGGAUGGGGAUCUUUGUCAAGACUAUCUUCCAUAACGGAGCAGCGGUCGCAGAUGGAAGACUGAAAGAGGGAGAUGAGAUUCUGGAGGUGAAUGGAGACUCUCUCCAGGGCCUGACCCACCAGCAGGCCAUCCUGACCUUCAAGCAGCUGAAGAAGGGUGUGGUGACUCUAACAGUACGGACACGUCUCCGCAGCCCCAGCCUGACGCCGUGCCCCACCCCCACCCUUCUCAGCCGCUCCUCCUCCCCGAACUCCAACACCAGCGGGGGCAACCCCACCCCAGUACCCCCCACCUUCGACGAACCCCCCGAAGCCCGUAAGGGACCCCCCGGUCCUGGCCCCAAGGACCGCAUCAUCAUGGAGGUUACGCUCAACAAAGAGCCCGGCGUCGGUCUGGGUAUAGGGACCUGCUGUCUAACUCUGGAGAACAGUCCUCCAGCCAUCUACAUCCACAGUCUGGCCCCCGGCUCUGUCGCCAAGAUGGAUGGACGACUCAGGUCAAAGUUCUCCACCAGCUUCUCCACAGCUCUGAAGAAGUAUUAA